AUGUCCACUGCCUCCUCCAGUUCUUCUCAGACCCCUCACCCCGCGCCGCCGCAGAGGAUGAGGCGCGGCGCCGCGGGCUCUCCGCCGGCCGCGGCCGCUGCGGGGAGCUCGAACGGAGCCGGCGGCGGCGGCGGCGGCGGCGUCGGCUGCUCCCCGGGCCCGGGAGCCGGCCGGCUGCUGCAGCCCAUCCGCGCCACGGUGCCCUUCCAGCUGCUGCGGGGCAGCCAGCACAGCCCCACGCGCCCGCCCGCCGCCGCCGCCGCCUCGCCCAGCCCGACCCCGACCCCGACGCCCACGCCGACGCCCACGCCGGCCGAGCCGGCGCCGCGAGCCAAGGGCCGCCCGCGACGCUCCCCCGACAGCCAGCGCAGGAGCAGCUCCCCCGAGCGCCGGAGCCCCGGCUCGCCCGCGUGCAGAGUGGACAGGCCGAAAUCUCAGCAAGUUCGAACCUCGAGUACAAUAAGAAGAACCUCUUCUUUGGAUGCGAUAACAGGACCUUACCUCACAGGACAGUGGCCACGAGAUCCUCAUGUCCAUUAUCUUUCAUGCAUGAAAGAUAAAGCUACUCAGACACCUAGCUGCUGGGCAGAAGAAGGAUCAGAGAAGAGGUCACAUCAGCGUUCAGCAUCAUGGGGGAGUGCUGAUCAACUCAAAGAGAUUGCCAAACUGAGGCAGCAGCUCCAAAGGAGUAAACAAAGUACUCGGCACAGUAAGGAGAAAGAUCGUCAGUCACCUCUCCAUGGCAGCCACAUAGCAAUUAAUCAUACUCAGGCUAUUGGAUCAAGAUCAGUUCCUAUGCCAUUGUCAAAUAUAGCAGUGCCAAAAUCAUCUGUUUCACGUGUGCCCUGCAAUGUAGAAGGAAUAAGUCCUGAAUUAGAAAAGGUAUUCAUUAGAGAAAAUAAUGGGAAGGAGGAAAUAUCCAAGCCUUUGGAUAUACCAGAUGGUCGGAGAGCUCCCCUCCCUGCUCAAUACCGGAGCAGCAGCACACGCAGCAUUGACACCCAGACUCCUUCUGUCCAGGAGCGCAGCAGUAGCUGCAGCAGUCAUUCACCAUGUAUCUCCCCUUUUUGUCCCCCGGGAUCCCACGAUGGUAGCCCUUGCUCAACAGAAGAUUUACUCUAUGAUCGUGAUAAAGACAGUGGGAGUAGCUCACCGUUACCCAAGUAUGCUUCAUCUCCCAAACCAAACAACAGCUACAUGUUCAAACGGGAGCCCCCAGAGGGAUGUGAGCGAGUGAAGGUCUUUGAGGAGAUGGCGUCUCGCCAGCCUAUCUCGGCCCCUCUCUUUUCAUGUCCUGACAAAAACAAGGUUAAUUUCAUCCCAACCGGAUCAGCUUUCUGUCCUGUAAAACUUCUAGGUCCUCUUUUACCUGCCUCUGACCUGAUGCUCAAGAACUCGCCUAACCCAGGCCAGAGCCCGACUUUGGCAACUCUAAACGUUGAGCAGCUCUCCUCUCGGGUUUCCUUUACAUCUCUCGCUGAUGGUAGCACGGCUGCAGCCACUGAGGCCUCUCUCCAGCAGCCAUCCUCACAGCAGCAGCUCCUGCAGGAACUACAGAGUGAGGAACACAUCUCUGCACAGAGCUAUGUGAUCAUCUAGAUCCAGAGAAGCUAGCCUCAAUACUGCACUCAGUGAGUUUGGUGAUAGGUCUCAGACCUAUCUCAGACUCCUAUAUGCAUGGAGUGACAAAUUUUCUGACCAUCACAAUCCAUAAAAUUCUUAUCAGCAUCCUAAAGUAUCUUUGAUCUUGGCAGGGACGGAACUCCUAUUCAGCAGGGUUUUUUCUUUUCCUUUGUGGAAAUCAGAAAUGCUUACAAAUUGUGUGUGUCAUUCAGCAUUUUAAGUGGAGACUAUGCAUUUCAUAGUAUGUUGGACAUAUUAGUACUGUGUCUUGUGUUUUAUUCCAAAUUCUUCAGUAUAAAUAAGCUCUAUAUCAUAAUGAUGCCUGUCAAAAUAGAUGAUGUCUUGCUGUGUCUUGUCCAAUGGAAAAUACUGUACUUCAGGAUUAUGUUUACAAUUGAUCCAGGUAUUUGUUUCUUACCUUCUGUAAUACAUACAAUGCAAAAAAAUAUAUAAACCCACACAUAUGGCCACAACAGUUGCACAGUGCCCACUCUAUGGCCUAGCUUCAGGUACUUCAAUUGAAGUCUAAACUCAGGUAACUUGGAAUGUAUAUCAUAUUGGGAUAUUAAAUAUUUCACAGCUAAAAAGCUAAAGAGGGAACAUCACUCUUUUGCCUUUCCUUCAUUUAUGCAUUUCCCUUUCCUCAUUACAUUCCACAUUCUUAGAAUAAGAAAUGUAUUCAACCCUAGGAGAAAGAUAAUCCUGGACAUGUGUGAACAUGAGGAGAACCAGCAAAUUUGUGGUGAUUGAGAUCACUUUUGUCACGUGAUAUAAGUAGAAAGAUGCAGUCACUGUUUCUGUACUUAGAAAUGUGGCUUUUUUUUUUUAAGUUCAGGUAUUGCUCAAUUAAUGACUGUUAGAAUGUUACAAAAAAUAACCAAAACUCUGCUAUACAGAAACAUUCCACAUUUCAUGUGAUGGAGUUUAAACAAAAGAUUGCAAAGGUUUGAUUUCACAGCAAGUGAAUGGGGUGGAUUAGAUUUUUCAUUUUUAUUGGCCACCAUGUUCAUGAAAUGCUGUUUUAUCUAAAUAAAUGCAUAUUAAUGCUUAUUUUCUCUUUAAGAAGUUCUUUACUUUGCAGAGUGUUAAAUAAAGGACAUGCUUUGGUUACUGUUUUCUUCUAGCAGUUGCAGUACAUGAAUUGCAUUCACAAAAGACCAUGUGGAUCUCAAUAUUAGUAUAGUGUAAGUAAGCAGGUUAUUUGGUGACUUUUAAAAGCUGUAGUUUGAAACUCUCAUUAAACCUCUCAGAAUAACUUCACAAAUAGUUCUGUUAGUAUUCUGGCCAAAUAGAGCAUAACCUGAGGAGGUAGCCUUCAACAGGCUCAACCUCACUUUUCCAGAAAGCAUGAAGAGUGCCCCAUGUAUCCUGAUGGCCAGUGGAAGAGCCUGACUUGC